AUGCGCUACCUGACCUGCAGUCUGCCCAGUACCCCGUGGGGCGCAUUCUCCGUGGUCAGGAGGUGCGUUAAGAUCUCAUCUGGACAGGAAUAUGCCGCUAAAAUCAUCAACACUAAGAAGCUUUCUGCCAGAGAUCAUCAAAAGCUGGAGAGAGAGGCGAGGAUUUGUCGUUUACUGAAGCACCCCAACAUCGUACGACUCCAUGACAGCAUAUCAGAAGAGGGUUUCCACUAUCUGGUGUUUGAUCUGGUAACAGGAGGAGAGCUGUUUGAGGACAUCGUAGCCAGGGAGUACUACAGUGAGGCUGAUGCCAGCCACUGCAUACAGCAGAUCCUCGAGAGUGUCCAUCACUGCCAUGUAAAUGGGAUCGUCCACCGGGAUCUGAAGCCUGAGAACCUUCUAUUGGCCAGUAAGCUGAAGGGGGCGGCGGUCAAGUUGGCUGACUUUGGGCUGGCUAUCGAGGUGCAGGGGGACCAGCAGGCAUGGUUUGGUUUCGCUGGCACUCCGGGAUACUUGUCUCCGGAGGUUCUGAGGAAAGACCCAUAUGGGAAACCAGUGGACAUGUGGGCUUGUGGUGUCAUUUUAUACAUCCUGCUGGUGGGCUACCCUCCCUUCUGGGAUGAGGACCAGCACCGUCUUUACCAACAAAUCAAGGCUGGGGCCUAUGAUUUCCCGUCUCCAGAGUGGGACACUGUAACUCCUGAGGCCAAAGAUUUGAUCAACAAGAUGCUGACCAUCAACCCCAGUAAACGCAUCACUGCCGCAGAGGCUCUCAAACACCCCUGGAUCUGCCAACGGUCCACUGUAGCUUCCAUGAUGCACAGGCAGGAGACUGUGGAGUGCCUGAAGAAAUUCAACGCCAGGAGGAAACUCAAGGGAGCCAUAUUGACCACUUUGCUGGUCACAAGAAACUUCUCAGCCAAGAGUUUGCUCAACAAGAAGCAAGACGGCGUUAAGGUCAACAACAAAGCCAACACAGUGACCAGUCCUAAAGACACUGGCCCUGCCCCUGCGCUGGAACCACAGACAACUGUGAUCCACAACCCCGUGGAUGGAAAUAAGGAGUCCAUUGAGAGUGCCAACACCACCAUAGAGGAUGAGGAUGUUAAAGCCUGCACCAAUAACAAUAAAGCUCGCAAACAGGAAAUUAUCAAAGUAACUGAGCAGUUGAUUGAGUCUAUCAACAAUGGAGACUUUGAGUCCUAUGCGAAGAUUUGUGAUCCUGGCCUAACUUCCUUUGAGCCUGAGGCCCUGGGCAACCUGGUGGAAGGACAUGACUUCCAUCGCUUUUACUUUGAGAAUGCCCUUUCCAAAGGCAAUAAGCCGGUGCACACCAUCCUCUUGAACCCACAUGUGCACCUAAUUGGGGAAAAUGCAGCCUGCAUCGCCUAUAUUCGACUGACCCAGUACAUGGAUGCUGGCGGCAUGCCCCGCACCAUGCAGUCUGAGGAGACACGCGUGUGGCAUCGUCGCGACGGCAAGUGGCAGAACAUCCACUUCCACCGCUCCGGCUCGCCCAGCAUCCCCUCCCAUUGUUUGACCUCUACCUGGGUAAACGUUGAGAACUACCUGAGGGCACCAAACGUGAACAUGACUAACUAUGAAUCAUGAAGGUGUUGUUGAAGUUGCCCCACCAGGUGCAACAAAAGUGACAGUUAAUGGAAUAUCAACAUGUGGUCAAAAAAAAGAAAAAAAAAAAAUCCCAUCAGCAAAUCUAGCAGGGCAGUCAACUAGCCAACCUAUGACUGCUCUCUGACCUUUGACCCUUCUAUAAGGACAUGACAUCGCACAGGACACAAGUAUUAAUACAUUUUACUGUUAUGGCAUUUUAUUAAUGGACAUCAUUCAAACCCACCACCGGGUGGCUGCACACAGUAUUUGGACAUUAUGAAACGAGCAUAUUGAUUAACAUUUUUUUGUUUGUUUUUUAAGAUGUUUUGGUAUGCAUUUUAAAUAUAAAAUAGAGAUGUUUAAAAAUCUACUACUGUAACCUCUCCGAAAAAUUAGUUCUGUAUUUUUAUGUGUAUUUAUGUGUGUGCAAUACAAAAACAUUUGGGAGAUCAGAAUGUUAAAAUUCAGCUUGCUUUAGUUCUGGUGAUGUAUAUACAUUGUGAUUGUUGAUAACAAAAACAAAAACAAACAUUGAAAUUGCUAUUCUUGCUAUCAGAGGAAUUAAGAGUUUACGUAAAAUCCAGUUUAUGAGCUACAUUUAUGUUUGCUAUGAGCUAAGUCAUACUGUUUGAAUUGUCCGAUUUCAACCUAUAAUACUAAUUUAAAAUGUAAAGAAAAGCAGAGCAGCUUACACUUUGCAUUGAUGAUAUGUUUGCCUUUAUAUCAGUGAAAUAAGAAAUAAGAGAAUGUAGCAUAUAUGUAAUAUAUGAAAAUCCAAGACUAUUGUGUAGUGCAUGGGGGGGGGGGAUAUUGUAAGUAAGAUCAUAUGAAACUAUAAUAUCUUCUGUUUGAUUUGUGAAUCACUGACUUGUUUGUUUGCGUUUGUUAAUGUUGUGCAUCAGUCCUGUCCCAAAUGUUUCUAAUGUCCACAGUUAUGGUUAACAUCAAGCGUAAAUAUCAAAACCUCAUAUCUAAGUGGAGGAAAAGUAAACUCCCGGUUGCUGAAGCACCCCUUACAUUUUGUAUAAAAAUGAGAAGAAAACAAGCUCAUUUUUCAUAAUGUUUGUACUUGUAUUGUAUGACUGUAUGUAGGGUUUCUGUUGUCAUUUUAUUCUUGUCAUUUCCAGUGUGUUACUCUGCCAAUUGCACAGAGAAAGUGGAGAUGAUGAAGAUGGAGCAAAGGCACUAUAGUCUUUACCUUUAGUCAGGUUAUGUGUUAAUCUGACGGUUGGGCUUAUAAAUCUGGAAGCGUCAUAAAAGCAUUGGAUUGAAGAACGUUGCAGUCAGACAAGAGGAUGGUAAGACAGCAGUGAAGGAGUCAAAUGAGAAUUGGAUUGUAAUACAUGUUGGGAUGUCUUCCUUGACGAUCAGUGCUUCGACCAGCCAGUGGUCUCCUUCUCACUGCAGGACAAUGCCAGUGUCUUCGUCAUCCUUACUGUUUACUCUUUUCAAUUGGUUGGUCUCUUCUUUUUUAAGGGGAAAAUAUGAUAAACAUUUCUUUAAACGAAACGUAUGAUGUCAAUGCAAUGCACCACUCCUUAUAUGGUGUGUACCCGUUGCCAGCACGGCAAUGGAUGGCUUAAGAUGUUUAAGAAAUAAAUAAAUCAGCUAAAAGGUGUGAUAAUGAAUGAGUUUUACCUUGUUUUGUGUUGCUGGUUAAUCAUUAUCACCUUAGUGCGGAGAUGGAGUGUGUGUGUGUUAUAACUUGAAGUUAAUUAUUUGAAAUAGUUCUUUGUGUUCUUUGCUUUAUCCCAAUAAACUGAUAUACAGACGUGA